GCUCUGCUGCUGCUGUGUGCUCUGCUUCUGCUGCUGCGUGCUCUGCGUGCUCUGCUGCUGCUGCUGCUCUAUGUACUGAUGUGCUCUGCUGCUCUAAUUAGUAAUUACUAAUGAGGAUGACUGACCAAACUGUCAAUAGUGCAGCCGGCGGCAAUGGGCCUGAGCCUGAGCAGUAUGAUCCAUCCAAGGAUCCUAAGCGGAAGGCAAAGUCGGGAGACCCUGGGUGGAAGUAUGGGUAUUGGCAUGAUAUGAACAGGAUGGAUAGGAUACGAUGCACUUUUUGCGGGACAGAUGUGCAUGCUGGAAUAGCAAGGUUCAAGCGUCACCUAGCUGGGGCUAGUACUAAAGGGAAGAAGAAUUCUAUAAAAUGCAAGAAGGUGCCAGAGGCUGUUUCAAAGGAGAUGCUGGAUUUCAUGAAGGCCUACGCAAAGAAGCAUAAUAUGCCAGGGGAGUCUGAUAAAGAAGAUACAGCAACUGGUGAUGAAGAAGAGGAUGCAACAGCAACUCAAACUAGUAGUAGGACAACAGCAAAAAGGAAGGCCGAGUCUGUCCAAACUGAAUUACCGACACAAAAGGCUUCAAGAACAAUUGCCGGGAUGAUUAGGAAGACUCCGGAAGAAGUCAUUGAGCUAAGGCACUCGAAGAAUCCUUCUCAAGCCGCAUUGAACGCAGGUUGCUUCAAAAGGACCACCGAGGACAAGGAUAGAGUUGAUGAUCAUUGGGCAGCAUUUUUCUAUGCUAAUGCCAUUCCCUUCAAUGUUACCCGAUCAAGAGCCUUUGAGAUUGCAUUGGAGUCCACCGGGUAAUAUGGUCCAGGCUACAUCCCCCCAACUAUUCAUGCUCUUAGGCUUCCACUUCUUGUGAAAGCAAAGAAGAAGACACAUGCAUUGAGAGAGCAACAUGAGCUGGCUUGGCAAGAGUAUGGCUGCACACUAAUGUCCGAUGGGUGGACCGAUGGGAGGACUAGGCACUUGGUCAACUUCCUUGACAAUAGUCCGGCCGGGACUUUCUUCAUUGAUAGCGUUGACAUAUCAGCCCUAGUAGCCAGCAAAGAAUUGUUGGCAGAUUUGAUGGAGAAAAGGAUCAACGACAUUGGAAGAGGCUACGUGGUUCAGAUUUGCACGGAUUAUGGUGGUAACUACAAGGCAGCGGGUAGACUCUUAACGGAGAGGAUCCCUACAUUAUGGUGGACCCCUUGUGCAGCCCAUUGUUUGAACCUUAUGUUGGAGUCCAUUUGCAAAAUCAAGCAAUUCAGCGAGUGUAUUACAAAUGGAAAAAGGGUGUCUACAUUCAUCUACAGGCAUGGCAAGGUUUUAGAUGAAAUGAGAGUGAAGACCGGCAACCGUGAUCUUGUGAGGGCUGGAGCUACUCGCUUUGCCACAAAUUUUCUCAACUUGCAAAGCUUGCACAAACAUAGGCAAGCUCUCAAAGAAUUGUUUGUGGGUGAUGUUUGGCAUAGCAAUAAGAAGUUGUCAACCUCACCGGUGGGACAAAAAGUUCAAGAAGAUGUGUUGUCCAUUAGUUUUUGGAACUCCGUAGAGACUUGCAUGAAAGUUUCUCUACCUCUUCUAAGGGUGCUAAGGAUUGUUGAUGGCGAUGAGAAGCCGGCGAUGCCCGAGGUUAUGGCAGCAAUGGAUUAUGCAAAGGAGAGAAUCAAGGCUGCGAUAGAUGACAAACCAACGUUGGUUAAGAAGGUGAUAAAAAUAGUGGAGGACAAGUGGGAAUCUCAAAUGGGGGUGAAGUUGUAUGGAGCUGCACUAUUCUUAAACCCAAAUAGGAUCUAUGGUCUCAAAGCUAAGCCCGAGAAAGCACGAUAUUGUCAAAGGCUUAGGCAUAUGUUCAAUGAGGUGCUAUUGCACAUGGAGCCCGAUGAUGAUAAAGCAAGCGUGAUAAGUAGAUUGGCUGAUGACUAUGAAAGAGGUGAAGGUGAAUGCUUCAGCUCUAAGUUGGCAAUCAAUGACCGAACAAAAAAGAGUCCUCUUCUUUGGUGGGGUGCUUAUGGUGGCCUUGCUUAUGAGCUGCAACAUUUAGCAAAGCACAUAGUUAGCCAUUGUGCUUCAGCUUCCGGUUGCGAACGAAAUUGGUCUUGCUUUCAAAAUAUCCAUAGCAAAAAGAGAAAUAGGUUGGAGUUCCAAAGACUUAAUGAUUUGUCAUAUGUUCAAUACAACCGGAAGAAUGCCGAUAGGUUCCAAAAGAUUCGUGAGGAAGGCUCCAAAGGGACUAGGUCUGACCCAUUAGUCCUAGAAGACUUACAAUGGGACAAUGAAUGGGUUGACCAUAAUGCCCAGCCGGUUUAUGAAGGGGCUGAUAUCACUUGGGCUCAAGUUGACGAAGCUGUCGGUGCAUCUGAAGGUCCAUUGCGCAACCUUAGAAGCCGUGGGAGUGGGAGCCAGGCUGCUGUUACUCAUGUCUAUUCUCGAUCUCGAGUGCACCAAGUUGGAGAAGAUGAGGACGAGGAGGAUGAUGCAAAUCAGGAGGUUGAGCUUGAAGAUUAUUCAACAAGUGAAGAUGAUCAAGAGGGAAAUCAAGGUGAAGGUGAAGGUGGAGGUGAAGAGAGAGGCUCCAUUGGCUUUGAUGAUGAUCUGGAUUACUAGGACGAUUGAUGGAACUUGGGCUGGUGUGGCUUCAUUUUGGACAUAUGGAGUUGGGGGCUCUUGGGGCUGGUGUGCCUCAUUUUGGACAUAUGGAGUUGGGGGCUCUUGGGGCUGGUGUGCCUCAUUUUGGACAUAGGAUUUGGGGCUGCUGUGGACCGUGUGGCUUCUUUUUGGACAUAUGGAGUUGGGGGCUUGGGGGUUGGGCUGGUAUGCCUUACCCCUUAUUUUGGACAUAGGGUUUGGGGUCGAUUUGGGGCUGGUUGUUAAGAGUUAAGAACUUGGUAGUUCGUAGUUAAAUGUAAUGAACUAAUGCUUAAUUUCUGUUGUAAUACUUGUUGCUGUGAUCUGUGAUGGUAUUUAUAUGUAGAACUGCUGCUGUUUUCCUUAUCUGAAUCAGGUGAUCAGGUGCAAAGAGAAAAGGAUCAUCAAGGAAAACAAAUUGAGACAGAUGGACACACAAGAAGUAAGUUCUCCUCUUUAUUUCAACUCAAAUGUGCAAGUUUCCUAUUACAUGAUGCAAACAACUUGAUGCUCAUGCUUGCUAUUACAUUUAUACUGCAAGGUGCAC